AUGAAGAGAGAGCGGAGCGAGACGGAACUGACUGGCACUGAUUCGGUGGACAAGAAGGUGGGCAAAGCUGAACAAAAGACAACUCCGACGACCAAGCGUCCCCGACUCGAUCGAAGUUCGCUCAAGAAACACGCCACGCUGUUCAACCGGGGCCAAGCGAGGCACGGCUUCGUGGUCACCUGCGCCGUCCACCGCGAGAACCACGCCCUCGCCCAAGUCCUCCAGCUCCUCAACCACUACGCGCGCAAGUUCUAUCCCGAAGAAGUCGAACGUCAUCUCAAUCCACCUGCGCCGACCGAGGGCGACGCCGGAGGCACGGCCGCGGACGCCCGACCCGAUGGCACGGCCGCGGAGGAACCGAGCAGCGCAGAUUCUGCUGAGACGCUCAAGCUGGCGGACUCGAACACAGCUGCUGCUGCAGAUUCGAAAGAAGAGACCGGCACGAGCCACGGCCCAACACCACCCAGCGACAAGCCACGAGAACGGGCGCCGAAGCUGUUCAACAUAUUCGACUCUGGCGGAAUCAGCGGGUUGUUCUUCGUGUCGGUGAACAGCCCCGACAUACGACCGGUCGAGUUCGCCCACCGCAUCUUCACCGACCCGGACUUUCCACAACAGGCGGCUCACAGCGACGCGUGCCAUCGCCUGGUGCCCAUAGAGCGAGUGUGCGCCGCGAGCGAAGCCGAUAUUGUGUCGGCGGCGCAGGCCAUGCUGCCCGACCACUUCCCCAGCGAGACCGAUGCCCCGCUUAAGUUCGCAGUUGUGUUUGACAAGCGCAACAACGACCGUGUAGAGAGGAUGCCCGUCGUGUCCCAGAUCGCAGCCUCGGUGCCACCCGUGCACAGCGUCGACCUCUCAACGCCCCACAAAGUCGUCCUUGUAUACAUCUUCAAGAGCGCGUGUGGAUUGAGCGUCACGUCAGACUACCACGCCUUUGCCAAGUACAACUUGCACUCCACCGCAGCCAGGAGGAGUGGCAGCACGACCAUGACAACCAACUAA